GUCUUUGUCUACGAGUAAUGCGAACGAGAGAGUGCUGUUUUGUUUCUUCUCCAAAGUUCUUUUUUUCUAGAUAUUCCAUCAGAGAUCGUACAAGAUUCCGCGGGCGAGUCCGCGGCCCCCUCGGGUCGGACUCAUCGCCGUGCAACCCUCUCCCAUCUCGAUCGCGGGAGAACACGAGAACGAUUUCAGGGUUAACAAUGUGCAGCGAGGUGGAAAAAAGGGGAGGUGGAUUUUUGAGUAGCCGCCAGGGUCCACCAUCGAGUAUCCCCACUCCCGGUGAUCGUGAACGCCGGGACCGACCGGGAAGAAGUGGUGGCCGACACACGGUGGUGGCGUAGCACCAAGACUCCCCUUCUUUGUUGCCGCUCCGCUAGAAAGCGUUCAGAUUCGGCGCCAAACGAGCAUCGACGACGAGAAAAGAUGAUAAUCGUGAGCAGCGUGUUGCUGAUUUUGGCGAUUGUGUCAAGAGUCGGAUGUCAACGGAGUACUUUGAGAAGCGCAAGAGCUAGCAGAAAUGAGGCAGCCUUGGAAUUCGAGUGUCCCGAAGAUUUCGGCUAUUAUCCUCAUCCGCGCGAUUGCACGCAGUAUUAUGUAUGCGUUUUCGGCGGCGCCUUGUUAGAGUCUUGCACGGGAGGCCUUAUGUACAGUCACGACUUGCAGACAUGUGAUUGGCCGCGAAAUGUAGGCUGCCCGGAAGGAAGUUUGUCUAGCAAGGAAGACGAAGAGGAUCCGUUGUUGGGAAGAUCCGGGAAACUCGGGACACUACAAGAACCACAACAACAGCAGCAGCAACAACCACGACAGCAGCUACGCGAUCAACAGCAACAGCAGCAGCAACAACGACCGAUUCAGAAGCAACCGAUCACGAUUGCGAGCACGUCCGCGCCGGUGUCGCAGAUCACCGAGAGACAGUUGCGACAGCGGCAGCACUCGAGGACUAAUUAUCAUGAGGACGAGUACGGUCCCGCUUCGGAAGUCGAAAAUGAUAGGCAGCAACGAGUGUACCGAGGACAGCCUUCGACGAUCGGUCAAGUGCAACGCGACCGCGACGGACUGCGACGGAACAUAAUAUCGGAGAGAGAGAAGGAUAGCUUGGUAAACACACGUGACCAAACUGAAUCUCAUUACAGGGCGCCCGUUUCAACUUCCGAAUCGCCAAGACUUGCUAAAACUCUGACUUCGACCGCGGCACCGAUCAUAUCAAAGUCUUAUUAUAGCGAUCCGGAUCAGAGUUAUCCGUAUUACACGAUUUACGAUGAUGAUGUCUCCAUUUACAAAGACGAUGAUUACAAUCAAUAUACUGUCAAUCAUACUUUGCCAGUACAACAACCAAACGUAAAAAUUAGCGAGGUAAGCACGAAGCAGUAUCAAAAACCGAAGAAAGUCGGCGAGGCGGAUAAAUAUAAUUUCAACCAUGAUGACUACGAUAUCUACGAAAAUCAGGCUCAACUCAAUAAGAACAAGUUCCGCAUAUCCGACGGUCAACAGUUCAGGACAAACGUGCUCAGCCAUCCCGUUGUUCACGUGACAACGCCAAACGUCAUCGUCGACACUUUUAUACCGCUGACCACGAGCACACAAACUCCCAGCACGACCAGCAGACCUUACACCAUUAACGUACCAAGCCGAGGUCGGCCGCAGCAAAUCCAUCGGGGUACAGCACCGCCACGAUCCCGGCCUACCUUAAAGCCAUCAACCGAGAUAGUCUCAAAGGCGCAGGAGUUCGUUGACAUCUACAGGUAUCCUCCGGUGAGACCGGCGACGAUUUACCCGACUCCUCAGGUUGACAAACCUGCAGCGAAGUGUCGCAAAGAUGUUUGUCUGCUUCCGGAUUGUAGUUGCGGUGGCGCCGACAUACCAGGUGACUACUUGCCGGAAGAAAUACCGCAAAUUGUUCUCCUGACCUUUGACGAUUCCGUGAACGACUUGAACAAGGGUCUCUACGCCGACCUGUUCGAGAAGGGACGGAAGAACCCCAACGGAUGUCCCAUCUCGGCCACGUUCUACGUGUCCCACGAGUGGACCGACUACAGCCAAGUUCAAAAUCUCUAUGCCUCGGGCCACGAGAUUGCUUCCCACACGGUCUCGCACAGUUUCGGCGAACAGUUUUCGGCGCGAAAGUGGGGACGAGAGGUUGCUGGGCAGCGAGAAAUUCUGGCCGCAUACGGAGGCGUCAAACUAGAAGAUGUUAGAGGAAUGAGGGCUCCCUUCUUAUCGGUCGGAGGAAACAAUAUGUUCAAAAUGCUCUGGGACACGAACUUCACGUACGAUUCGUCCAUGCCCAUUUAUGAGAACCGACCACCUAGCUGGCCAUAUACAUUGGACUACAAGCUGUUCCACGACUGCAUGAUACCACCCUGUCCCACGAGAUCCUAUCCGGGAUUGUGGGAAGUUCCUAUGGUAAUGUGGCAAGAUCUCAAUGGAGGUAGAUGCUCCAUGGGAGAUGCCUGCAGUAACCCACCGACUCCGGACGGCGUAUACAAGAUGCUUAUUAAGAACUUCGAGCGGCAUUACACGACUAACAGGGCGCCCUUCGGUCUGUUCUAUCAUGCCGCAUGGUUUACACAACCGCAUCAUAAAGAGGGCUUUAUAUCAUUUCUUGAUACCAUCGUCGCGAUGGACGACGUAUGGAUAAUCACCAAUUGGCAGGCAUUACAAUGGAUCAGGAACCCGACACCACUGUCUCUUUUGAGCACGUUCGAACCUUUUGGAUGCCAUUAUCCUGAUCGACCCAAGAGAUGCAACAAUGCGAAAGUCUGUAAUCUUUGGCACAAGAGCGGCGUGAGAUACAUGAAGACUUGUCAAGCAUGCCCGGAUAUUUAUCCCUGGACAGGCAAGACCGGUAUACGUAGCAGUCGCAUCGACAACGAAGUCGACGCCCAUGAAUGAACCGUGUAGAAGAAAGCUUCAAUCAUCGUUGCGAUCGGGAAAUAUCCCGUCGAACGAGCAGCAAAUUUGAACAACGCAAACGUCUAAAAGAUGCCAGAGAUCUAAAAGAGUCCCUAAAUAUUACGAAAGUUUCUUGGACAUCUGAAAGGUAUACUAAUAUUUCACAGCUAUCUUUUAAGUAUUUAAAAAACACUCAAAUCUGUCAGACGUGCUUAACGCACCUUUUAGACAUUUUUUUAUAUACAUUUUUUGGACUUUUGAGUUGUUUAGAAAUGCGAUAGCGCGCGAAGGGAGACACUCUUCUGUUCGGAUAAGUAAUUUCAAGUAUUACACGCGCGUGUCCAGCGGACAAAUUCGGGCCGAGUACGUCGAUGCAAGUCCUUUUUUAUAUUGAAAAGAAUAGAAAAUUCUCCUUUACGCCAGAUCAUUAUUCGAAAUAAUUAAGAUAUCGUUAUAUAUUCGCCAAGAUAUCGUUAUAUAUUGUAACCAAGCAGAAACCCGAUAGACGGGAUCUGUUUUAUAUUUGUGAAUUCGAUCGGCUACGAUUAUUAUCUAGCUAUACAAAAUACGCACUUCAAUUCUCGAAAAAUCAUUGAAACGCAAAAACAUCUACGACCGAACAUUAUUAGCAAGCACCUUAAGUAAAGGAUUUUAAAAAACAAUAUGUAUUUUCUAUAACCUAGAGAAUAGUAUUAAUUACAAUGAAAAUGAUAGUAAUAUUAAUUAAUAAUGAUAAUUGAUGAUAGUAAUAAUAGUAAUUUUUUUCUGUGAUACAGAGCCAUAUUCAAUUGAUUAGAAAAGCAAAAAGAAAAAAAAUAUUUAACACAUAAAGAAGCAGUUUAUGUGAACUAUUUGUUUAAUGAAAAUUUUGUCAAUUUCUUAUAAUUAUUAAUCGUGACUCGGCUAAUGUUGUCACAAUAGUGUCGAUGUUAGUCGAUGUAGGAAACAAAGUGGUUUGAAUUGGAGAACAAUACACAGGCGUAUAGGUUACGGAAUUAAACUUAUUAAAAUUAAAUUUAUUUAAUUAAAAUUAAAUUUAUUUAAUUAAAAUUAAAUAUUAUAUAGCAAUAAGAUCGCGCGUGUAAGGUCGUACGGAGAAUAAUUAAAACUUACUUUACUUUCUUUCGUCUGUCUCUUUAAAAGUCGGAAAGAAAAUUGAUCGAAAAAUUUAAUCGAUCGAGCAGCACGUCUUUCUUUCCGCUUUUCUUGUGUUCUCCCUUCAUUUUUUCUUUUUCAUAAUUCUUCUUUUCUCUUUCUUCCUUUCUAUCUCGAAUACCGUAAACAUCCUUGGCGUACUCGGCCAAAUUCGGCCAAAUAGAGCAAUUAAUUAAAUCGCAAUACGUAAUAAUUAAUCGUCGAGAUUUAAGUGUAACUGCCGGAGAUCAUCGUAUUUAAGCAGACUUGCGACGAUUUCGUUGCGAUCGAGAUUCUUCACGCUCGGAGAUCAUUGGAAAAAAAAAAGGAAAGAACUGAGAAGAUUUCAUCUUGAUAAAAUAUCAUGCGCACGAGGGGAUCGUCGUGUUUAUUCUCGUAGAAAUGUAAUAUGCCUUUAAUAAAUAAAUAUUUCGCUAUAA